UCAAGCAGGAAUGUUCUUGAGGAGCUCUCGUUAAGUUUCCUACAAUAACGGACAGCAAAAUUAAUUUCAAUUCUUAAAGCCGGGCCGUAACCACAUUAUACUUUUUAAUUUCAAGGAAAAAUAACAGAGCCAUUACUUUACCACGAGGAUAAAAUUUCUGCCAUUAGUUGUAUAGGAUUUAGUAGCUCAUUCUUAAGUUAAGCUUCAAACCAAUUUACAACCUUUUAGAAUACAUCUAGAGGCCAGCUUUUACAUCAUAUAAUUUUGGACCGGACAUCAGUCACUAUGCCUGGCUCCGGAUCUCCAAGCACUCCGCGAGGCCGGAGAAGCAAUCGAGUCCUCAUCCCUACAACCGCUGCGUCCCCGCCAUCUGUCACUGAAGAAGUCUUCGUACCUCGUCGCCGUAGCUUCGGCAUUAUCAUCAAGCCUUUCGAUCCACAGCGGAGCCCCGCGCGUGCAAGAAAGUCAUUGUCUAAAUCGAGGUCAGGUUCCCUAUCGAGAUCUCAAUCCAGAGAUCGACUUAACAUUCCUUCGAGGAAUGGCAGCCGCACAUCUAGCGUUUGUUCCUCCUCGUCUAAGAUAAACCGAAGAAAAAGUGUGAGUAUGGGAGACCUUGAUUUCGAUGAUGAGUUUGUUGCUCUUGACAAUGAGAUAUACCAAGAACAACGUUCUAGAAAGAGAGAAAAAAGUACCGAUCAGCUUAGCAACAGAGCACCAAAAAGAUACAAAUCCACGGACGCUGUUUGCAGCUCUUCAAGUUCCAUUGACGACGAUUCUACCGACACGAGAGUAACAAACUUACCUUCUACCACUCAUCGUCAGCGAUCGCAUGAAUUCUCACUCAAUGCAUCAGAGGAACGUCAGAAUCAAUCAGUCAACACACGCAGUAGAGGUACUAGUGAAAGUACAGCCGAAGCCUCAUUUAAAAUCGAGCCUAAGAAAAAUGGGGCAUUUGCUGGUUCCUCCGUGAAAUCCACUGAAAACAAUAACAGCAGCCGGCAUGGUAACGUUGGAAAUUCUGAUAUGUCAGAUGCUAAAUUCGUCCGAAGAGAGUCAGAGUGGGAGCAACUGCUGACCAUCAGUCAAAAGACCCAGAAUCAAGUCACUAAGAAACCCAUGCAAUUCAUUAGUGUCCCACACCAAGCACGAAAAGCAUUGGAUGAUUCUGCAAGCACAGUCCCAGCGUUUGAUUCAUCUGAUGACGGAACUGAUCUAGAUGAUCAACCAUGGAAAAGACCGACCGAAACUUUAGCCCAACACACCAGCAUGCCUCGAGAUAUGCAUAACUCAAAAGUGAACGGCAAGCCGAUAACUAAUUUUGAAACAGCGCCAAGUCACAAAUGGAUCAAUGAAACCGGAACGUACAUGAAUGCAGAAGAGAGACAACCAUUGUUACCUUUAAAAUCUCCUCCUGAACGACCUCCAAAAAUUUUCAGCCCCCCUCCACUUCCUCCUAAAAACAUCCCAGUCCAAAAUUCACCACGUUCGAAAGCGGAUCCACAACAUAUUAUUCCCCUGUCUCAAGGAUCUCCGCUCUCCACCCAAAAUUUCCAAUCAAACAUGAAUUUAGGAAGCUGUCAAGGUGGAUCACUAUGUACUUGUGGUGGCUCUCAAGGAUUACCUGCCGCUCCUAACGUCAGUCAUCACACAAAUGGACAGCAAAGCUGCAACAUCCAUCAGCCAAUGAUGAAUAGCUGUCACUGUCAAACUGGUCUCGUCUUUGGCCAAAACUUUUCCUCAUCUCAUGCACCCCAACCACAAGGGUGGCAGAAUCAGGUCUGCACUGGAGUCCAAUGCGGCCAUGCUCAUGACCAGCAUCUGUCAUUCUCUCACGGGAUCAGUCAAAAUGGCUUCACGGAAAGUGGUACUGAUGUGCAUAGAACAGCCCCAUCCUGGAAUUCACAUCAUGUAAAUCAGAACAGAGGCUUUGACAGUCAUGAAAUGCGAGAAUUCCGUCAACCGCUUCAUGAAGGAAAAUCUCCUAUUCAUAACUCAGAACUUGCAAAUUCACGCCGACAAUUCAAAUCAACCGUAAAUCUCAGAAGCGAUGAACUUUCUUCUGAUAAGGAGAAUGCGAAGGUACGAAAUCAAUCAAAAAUGCACAAAGCCAAAUCUACUGAUGCCCUCACAAUAGUUGGCACAACCAGAGAAGAACCAGAAGUAGAGAAUUUAGAAAUAAUGCCGGGAAAAAUGAAGAAGAUGAAAUCGACAAUCGUUCUAGACGAUUUGACUUUUGCUGAUAAAAAAGUAGUGCCAGACGAUCCGCUGCCCACUCUGUCUCAAGAUCCGAAGCGGGGUAAGUUAGAGAUGUGGAGUGGUCUUUUGCAACUUCUUACGAUCUGCGCAUGUCUGCUCACAACCGUGCCUAUGGCAAUCGUGAGCCGAAAUUGGGACUGGCACGCUGACAAAUGUCCAUUGUAUGUGGAAUCCAACCUCCAACAUGACAGACUGUGGGGCAACCCAAGCAUGAUUCCGUGUUACUUGUCUGCAUAUCUACCAGUCAUCAUAAUGGCGAUAGCCCUCACGCUCGUUUUUAUCCAUGGAGGGCUGUUGUUUUACUGGCGGUCAAAACGCAAAAGCUCCAGUUUUUACACGAGACGAUCGUUCAGCAUUAGCUUGCUGUUUUUCAACUUGGUCUCGUUUGCAAUAGCCCUGGCUGUCGCUUGCAUGUUGACAGAUGGCCUCCGUCAAACUUGUCUGUCAUUCCAGUUCAUUUCUGACAUUGACUACAGGCCCCCGAACUGCCAAACUGGCUUUAACGGCCUCGAUUUGAACUACAACAUUGAAGGAACAUUUUACUUCAUUAUAUUCGCAAUGAUUGGCGCUUGGUUAGCCGUCACAUUCACCUUGAUAUCCUUCGUCUUGUAUCUCGUACGCGCAGAAGUUUGCCAGUGUUCGGUGGGCGGAACUAGGAGCAAAUCUAGUGCUGUGAGACAGCCGUGACGAGAACCUGCUUCAUCACAUUUUUCACUCUGCACUGCCGCAAUAAUACGAAUGAUUUAAAGAAUAAUAUGAAUCAUAAUAUACAUAGCAUGAUAUGUCAUAAUACGUUUAUAAACUACACUGGGCAUUGCCUCCCAAAACAGUUGAACGAGAGAAUAGUAUGUAGGAUAGAGUUUUCAGAUGUUGAGCAAGAGUCGUUAUUUUCCGACAUGCCCUGUAAUUUGAAUGAACUUGAAGAAGCUGCGAUGUGUAAUUCCUUAUGAUAAACAAAUAACAGUAAAAAUCGAGGCUGGCACCGGCAAGAAUAUUUUUGAGGUGAAAUAUUCUGAUAUGCUCGAAUUUCACAACAAUUCUCCAGCAGUCAAGAGUUACAACGCUAGCUUCCUUACAAUAAUCCCAUUUAAAUGUAAUUACACAUUUAGUUGUCAAUACGUUUAUAAUCUAAUGAUAAAAUUUCUAGAUAAGGAUGUUGCUUCACUAAUAUGGUAUCGUGCGAAAAUAAUAUAAUAAUAAUUACAAAUGAAAUAACCAGUUUCAUUUCAACAUAUUCUGAUUAAACCGAGGUCACGUGCAAUUGUACGGCUAAAAACAUUCAGGUACUGAGCAUAAGGAAAUUUUUCUGUGCAUGAAAAGUUUGUAAAUUAAUAAGAUACCCGUCAUCUCAAUCUGAAGGUUAUAUUUUAUUGAGGCAGAUUGAAAAUCACAAUAAUAUUAUUUUGCAAUUUGUAAUUAUUUUACAGACUUUGCGAAUAUUUCUCAUUAUAUCAAUUUUGUACAUGAUUCACGUUUCCCAUGAUUUUUUAGUUGUAGUCAAUAAGUUGAUUGUGAUGUACAUGAAGGACUUUUUUAGAUUCAA